GGGGGGUUCUGGUCCGGUCCCCUCCCCCAAAAAUGGUACUUGGUAGUGCAUGUGCACUUGAACUUAUUCACGAGGCAAAAUCGACAGUCAUUCAAAGUCAACAGUGAAACAUCCGCACGAAUAUCGCAUCAUAUCGUCACAGAAAGUGCAAUUAUAAAAAUAUUUCGGCGAUGGCGCUGGUGGCGCGAUGGCUCUGGGUGGCGCGAUGGAUGGUGGCGUCCUCCAACCCAAUAUGGCGAAGACAGCACAGUUUCUUGACGCUUGACACCGGAUUUAUCAGCAUUUAUCAGUUGUGUCAUAUAAUACGGCGGAUGAUCUGUAUAUGGCAUCGUUCUGUUAGUUACUGCCGAACUGAUGACAAGCCUAUGACGAAUCAGGUUGUUUCCUGCCGGGAAACGUAGUCAAUAUGUCAACACAGCAUGAGGUGUACCGAUGUGAACUUUGCAAUUACACUUGCAGAAAUGCAAACACCAAGGCACAGCACCUUGAAUCUAAGAAGCAUUUUGUGGAGUUCCUCAAGUACUAUCUUUGGCAGCACGAGGAAACCUUGGUGCGGGACAAGCACCACGUCACACUUUCAUGCAACGAGGUUGAAGACUGCCUGCCGACCAUUCAUAUCGACAUACAGAAAGAACAAUGUGUGAAGCUGACGUUGCAGGUGUCCCUCUCACGAGAGUCGCAAAGCGAUGUACUACUCCAGGCGUGUACGCUCCUGCAUCCAUUCCCACUGGUCACCCUUGAAGAUGAGUGUGGUGUGGUGGCAAGAGACCAACAGGUUAAGAUCUUUCCUGGAGGCAUCUAUACGGUUGUGCUUGUUUGCUGUUCACAGCAUGCGGGGAAAUGGCGAAUCCCGUUAGCACUGAAAUUUCAGAGUGCUGAGGGCCGCAUUUUCAGUAUCGUGCGCUACUUGGAGGUACUGUGCUCUGACGGAGUAAAAGAUGAUCUGUAUGACUUGGAGCCUUCAACACUAUACCAAGCUGUACCCCCUCUUCCAAGGUUGCCUGAUGCAGACAAAAUCGUUCGAGCAGAGAAGCCAAAGAGUGGUUCCAGUGCUGCCACUCAGGAACUAGAACGUAAUGUCGAGCUCAACAUCUACAAGAUUCCUGAUGAACUUCGCGAGCUACAGAAGCAUGGUUUGGAGUGUUGGGAUGGCAUGAGUGAAGAUUACGCCCAGCUACUCAGCUUUGUCAGGAAGCACUUAGAUGAUCCACUGUCUGAGGACUCCUACUGGGGCUUCUUUUCGACCUUGCUGUUUCUCGAGGAGAUACAGAUGAGCACGGACAUUAGGACGUAUGACAUGGUCGACGUACCUAUCAACCCACGGCCGACACAGACGGACUUGUUCGUCUUGGAGGUUCCUGGAUUAAUGGAAAGCCGCCCAUCAGUGCUCAAAGGGGACAGGGUGUACGCCCGACUUCACAGCGACUCUUCAGACUGUGUUGUGGAAUAUGAAGGAUAUGUGUGUGAUACUAUGGUUUCAUGUGUCGCGCUACAGUUCAGUAAAAGGUUCUCGAAAGUGUACAUAAAAGGAAUGAAGUUUGACGUGCGCUUCACUUUCAACCGUCUGCCACUUCGUCUGAUGCACCGUGCCAUUUCGAUGGUUGAGAGCUGUCGACUCUGGGAUUUUGUGUUUCCAGAGAUAGCCAACCCGUCAGCGCCUGCUCUAAAGUUCCGCAGAUUAAAUUUCUUCAACAAAAAAGUGGAGAAGAAUGCGGAACAGUUCACUGCUGUGAAGAACAUUCUUCUUGGUCUUCACCGUCCAUACCCGUACCUACUCUUUGGUCCACCAGGUACAGGAAAGACCGUUACACUUGUUGAAGCAAUGAAACAGGUGUUCCACCUCAUCCCAUCAAGCAAAAUUUUAGUGGUAGCCCCAUCAAACAGUGCUGGUGAUCUUCUUGCUGAAAGGCUACUGGAACACCUGAUGCCCUCUCAGAUCUUCAGAAUGUACUCCUCCAGCUUGAAUCCAGCUCGAGUGUCAAAAAAGCUGUUGAAAUGCUGCAAUUACAUUCCAAACAUGAAGACAUUUUGGUUCCCAGCAAGGAGUAAACUUGAAGGCUACAGAAUAAUUGUUGCCACACUUGCAACUGGUGGAAGAUUAGUGUCUGCUGACUUUCCUCUCAACCAUUUUACGCACAUAUUCAUUGACGAGGCAGGCCAUGCACUGGAGCCCGAGUGCCUAAUCCCUAUAGUGGGGCUUAUGUCACCUUGGGACCCCAACGAAAAAGGACCGGGAAGCCAUCUCAUCUUGGCAGGAGACCCCAUGCAACUGGGACCUGUCAUACGCAACCGCCUAGCAAAGGAUCAUAACCUUGGGGUUUCUUUGUUGGAACGGUUAAUGGAGCUGCCAGUGUACCAGCGACACGAAAACGGCUACUACAAUCCGCAGCUGCUCACCAAGUUACUGAAGAAUUUCCGCAGCCACAAAGACGUUUUGCACGUUCCGAACCAGUUGUUCUAUGAAAGUGAACUGCAGGUGUUCGCAGACGAGGUGGUAACAGAGUCUCUGAGCUGCUGGGAAAAACUGCCAUCGAGAGGUUGCCCUCUUAUAUUUCACGGGGUGCAAGGCAGAGAUCUGAGAGAGUCCCACAAUCCUUCCUACUACAAUCCCGAAGAGAUCAAAGUUGUCGUAGACUACGUAAUGGCUCUACUUGAUGGCAAGGGUGGCCUCAGGACACGAGUUCGAGAGGAAGAUAUCGGCAUUGUUUCACCUUACCGCAAGCAGGUACUUAAAAUUCGUGGCAUACUGCAAAAGCGCAACAAGGGGGGCGUCACCGUGGGAUCCACAGAAGAGUUCCAGGGCCAAGAGCGGCUUGUCAUCAUCAUAACAACCGUACGGAGCAAUCCUGACUUACUUUCUAAGGAUAUCCGUCACAACCUUGGCUUUCUGCGGAACAGCAAGAGAUUUAACGUUGCUGUUACGAGAGCCAAAGCCCUCCUCAUCAUCGUUGGAAACCCUUGGACGUUGAGUGGAGACCCUUGCUGGAAUAAAUUGCUGCAGUUCUGCAUAAAGAAGAAAGCUUAUUGCGGCGUGCCUUUUGGAGACGUUGACGAAGAAUUGCAUGAGAUUGAGAGGCGCUUUGCCAGAGCAAAUAUAGGCGAAGAACUCUCUCCCGAAGACCGGCUUGUUUUCGAAGGUCACAUACCUAUCACGCAGAAAACGUUGCAGGAAGAACCCAGGUGGAGGGAUGAUAUAUAAAAUACCAGAAGGAGGAGUGCUAAACGCAUAUACAAACAAAGAAAUCUGAAAAGUAAAGCAAAGGUAAAUGCAUCCCGACGUCCAUGCUGCACUGCAAGGCACGAGUCUGGCCCAGUACUGCACCCACACCCAGAGUCCGGUGACAGCGACCAACCCACUGAGCAGGUACUGCGUAUGGAUACUCCAGGUAGUGGCUUGAGAAACCUUUGUGGAAAGGAAUCUUCGGCGAUACUGACAGAUGCAAAUGGGCUUUCUCCAGUUGUGGCUAAGGUGAGGACGGAUGUAAUUGUCAAAUCUUAUGAAAGCCCCGGCAGAAGCUGUGGAAGGUGACACGGUGUAACACAGUCUGAACACAAGUGCUCCCUCUGAGCUAUACAAUGCUAUAUAGCUUCGCUGUACAUUGUUCUUUGGUGACCCGUGUACUUCCUGUGAUAUAUUACUAUGAGGAAUGGCAAAUGCAAUAAAGGAGGCUGUGCUUUUUUUACUUA